AUGUCUAUAGUUACACAAAAAUCAAUUACUUACGUUAACAACACUACUACUCCAACUAUUACUACAAAAGAAAUAGAUUUGGAUACCUGUUAUAAUGAAAACGAAAUUGUUGUCAAGGUCCAUGCAGCUUCAAUUAAUCCUGUUGAUGGAUUAACUCAUUCCACUUGUAAUUAUUAUAUGGGUGGUAGUGGUUUAAAAACUUUUGGUAGAGAUUUUUCUGGUGAAAUUAUUAGACGUGGUAAAAAUGUUAAUGUUAAAUGGCAAUUAAAUAGUAAAGUUAAUGGACAAUUUAAACAUUUAUGGGGUGAAAAAGGUACUUUCACAAAUUAUUUUAUUUGUAACCCUGAAGAAGUUAGAUCAAUUAAUACUUUUGAAGAAAAUAACGUUUCUAACAAAUAUAAUGAUUAUAUUAUAAAUGCUUCUUGGCCAUUAGUAUUUGGUACAGGUUAUUCUGCUUUAUAUGAAAAGGGUCAAGUUUGGACUCCAGAAUCUAAAAUUUUAAUUAUUGGUGCUUCAACUUCUGUUGCAUUAGCUUGUGUUAAAAUUGCUAAAACUAUUUUAAAAAUUGGUACUGUUGUCGGUAUUUGUAAUUCAAAAGCAAUUGAACAUAAUAAAGAAAAAGGAUUUGAUCAUUUAAUUGCUUACAAUGACCCUGAACAUUCAACCGUUGAAUCUAUUCAAAAUCUAAUUAAAAAUGAAUUAAAUGGUGAAAAAUUUGAUUUAAUCUUUGAUGCAGUUGGUAAUAAAGAUUUUUUCCCUGUAAUGGAUACUGUAUUAAAACCAAAAUCAACUAAUUCUCAAUAUAUUACGAUUGUUGGUGAUGAGGUUAUGGAUUUUACCAAUAAAUCAUUAUUUGGUAAUGUUUCAUUAGGAUCCUUUUCAAGAAAAUUAAAUCCCUUUAGAAAAUUUAAUUAUGAUUUUUGUAUGCUGGAUAAUUUAUUCACUUAUAUGGAAUUAGGUACUACAAUGAUUGCAGAUGGAACUUAUUUACCUGAAAUUGACUCUGUUCAUAAAUUUGAAGAUUAUCAAAAAGCCUUCGAUAGAGUAGAUUCUCAUUUUGCUAAAGGUAAAGUUGUCUUAGAUAUGUCUGACAUUUAA